GUCACUCUCUCUCUAGGUGUGACAGUCUGGGAAAUGAUGUCAUAUGGGGCGGAGCCUUACUCUGCUAUGCGACCACAAGAAGUACCUGAUCUGUUGGAGAAAGGGGAACGCCUCUCUCAACCUCAGAUCUGCACCAUCGAUGUCUACAUGGUCAUGGUCAAAUGUUGGAUGAUUGAUGAAAAUGUUCGGCCAACUUUUAAAGAGCUAGCCAAUGAGUUCACUCGAAUGGCCAGAGACCCCUCCCGAUAUCUCGUCAUCAGAGGGGAGGACAGAGCUCCUGACCCGGCCUCAGAAGAGUCCCAUCAGAGGGGAACUGAGAUGGACAUUCUGGGGGUGGCGCUGGAGGACCAGGAAGAUGAAGUCUUGCAAGCUACCAUAGACAUGCCACGCUACAUACAUAACCCUCUAAAAGUGGUGUUUUACACAUAA